CCCUCGCGGCGCGCCGUAGCCCGCCCGUUGCCAUGGCGAUGGGCCCAGCGGCCUGACCCGCCGCGCUCCCUUCUCUAGGCGAGAAGGCGAGGGGCCGGGCGGCAUCCGCGGGGCGCCCGGCUCCAUCCCGCUGCCUCCCCCGGCCCCGGACCUCUCUGCGUGGGGACCUGCGGCCGCCGAGUCGAUCCCCGGCGUCCGAGCAGCGCUGACUGAAUGAACAUCUGCAACAAACCUCCUAAUAAGACAGCUCCAGAGAAUUUGGGUGAAGCUGGUCCUGAAGUCCAAUGUGCUCGAAGAAAUGGCUGGAGCUGGCCUCUGCACCCUUUCCAGAUCAUCACCUGGCUGCUGUACCUCUUCUUUGCGCUGGUUGGCUUUGGAAUUCUGGUUCCUCUCCUGCCCCUCCACUGGCUGCCCGCUGGCUAUAUCUGUCCAGGAGUGUGUUUUAUCUACCAUUUAGUUGUUCAUCUUACUGCAGUCUCCAUUGAUCCUGCGGAUGCAAAAGUGCGAGAAAAAAACUAUCUAGGGCCUCUGGCCACCUUCAAUCGUAAUCAGCAUGCACAUGUCAUUGAAAACCAUCAUUGCCAUGUCUGUGAUGUAAAUGUGAGUGCCAAAUCGAAGCACUGUGGAUCUUGCAACAAGUGUGUGAGUGGCUUUGAUCACCACUGCAAAUGGCUCAACAACUGUGUGGGAGAGAGGAAUUACUGGUUCUUUUUGAAUAGCGUGGUGUCUGCCAUCCUGGGCCUUGGGCUUCUGCUGCUCGUUGCUUUCUACGUCUUUGUCGAGUUCUUCCUUAACCCCACGAUGCUUCGUUCUGACCAUCGCUAUGAAGGUCUGAAGAACCACACCGAUGUCUGGUUUGUGUUUCUGCCUGCUGUUCCUGUUGAGACCCGGGCACCUGCCAUUUUGUUCUCAGCUGGGACUUUUAUUCUACUGAGCCUGGUGACUGUGAGCCUGCUAGGCCACCUCUUGACCUUUCACAUCUAUCUCAUGUGGAACAAACUGACUACAUACGAGUACAUCCUGCAGCAGCGUGCCCAGCGAGAGGCCAAAGAAGCAGACCAGCAGCCGGAUCCUCGUCCCUCCCAGCUGCUACCCAGUCAGGAAGCAGACUUAGUUUCAGCUAACCCUGGCCGUACAGACCCCGGUGUUCAAGUAGAGGACUUCUCAACAGUGAAUGCAGAAAAAUGCUUUUCAAAGCUCCAUGCCCACGAUGAUGAAGCUGAUCCUGGACGCAGCUCCUCUCCUGACCUCCCGUCUCUUCACUUUGCAGCCCCUUUGCAGAGACAGAAAAAAAGAAGAAAGAAGAUGCUAAAGACUUCUUCCUCGGCGAGGGGGAGCAGAUCUAAACCACACGCUGGACCUUGGACUUCUUUCCCAGGCCCCCAGCCAGAGUUUCCAGCUGCAGCUCCUGCCCCUUCUUCUUCCUGCAGCCCCCGCCUCGCGGUGCCCCCCGGCAGCACCAGCCCCGUGCAGGCAGCAGGGCCCCCCGCUGACUAUCACUCUGAGUCUGCUGAGUCCAUGGAUGAGAUCCCCGUGGCUGGGACUCGCCUCGGGAGCACGGCCCUUCGCGGCCCUUCUACAAACAGCUCGAGCGGGGCUCGGCGCUGUCCUGUGAGCACGCGUCAUCCCAAACGUUGCAAGGAGAAGAGUCUGCAUUCCGGGCACAAGGUGAAAAGGAAAAGCUGCCAGCAAGACAGACGUGCGGAACAAGAUCUGGAACUUUUUUCUAAGACUCCUGCUGUGUUUGUAAGUAAGAGCAGCGGAGAACCUCACACCUCUCAGCCUCAGCCUGGUGGGAACACUUCUGAGCCGCAGCACAGAAAAUGCACCAGCAAACAGCAUCUGGGCAGGCGUGAUCUGCUCUUAAAGGGCAUAAGGACAAACACUGCAGUGCCCUAGCCAUCAGCCUUCCAAAGCCACAGCCUUUGGGAUGAAGCAAGAGGUUCUUUCUCUAUUUGUGUGUUUCUCUUCAAAGGUUUUCACUCCAGCAGCUCAUUCUCUGGUGACAGCAGCCUCCCUGUACGUGAUGCUGUCCAUCUUCCAGCACACCUAGCUGAGAGGCAACAAAAGCCCUGCUGCAUCGUGUUUUUAUGGCUGCUGCCUCCUCCUGAGCUCAGACUGCCCCUGAGCCCGGUUCCACUCUCCUUGUCAAGGGGAACAGGCUUUCCAGAUAGAGAAGUGCUCAUGGCUGCCUGAGGUGGCUGCUUUGACGUGUUUCCAGAGGGAACUAAAAUAGAGUGAUCUCCUUAGGAAAGGGCUGUACGCUCCCGACGCUCUGCAGACCGGCACUGCAGUAAGUUUCAGGGUGUAGGACGAAACAGGGCUGCAUCUCUGCUGGCUGGUGGUACCCUGAAAACUCUUUAUUUUCCACCUGCCUCCACCCAGUCAGUCUUUGGAUCAUGCCAGGGGCCCUCAGCUGGUAGUCGGGGAGUGACCUCAGGGUUGCUCUGUCCCUAUGCCACUUUUCACUGUGCACCUUCAAGCCGAGUCCACCAGCAUGUACUCUCUGAAGCAGUGUGGUUUGACCUGCUCGACUUCAUCUUCCCAGCAGCCUGGAGUGCCCCGCAGUGCAGCUUUCUCAUCACAAACUUCUGAGGAUGCAGCAGCUCCCAAAAGCUUUGCAUUUUCUGGGCUUGCCAAGUCAGUUCCAAUCCACAGCCCGAGCGUGGAUGCUCUGUGUUGCAAAAAAUCCCAGACUUGACACCGGGCCACAGAGCCGAUGCCUGGAGUCACUGCUCCGUGUUGGUGGUGAGAGCAGAGGGUGCUGUGGGCUGCGGAGCCUGUGCUUCUCUGCCCCGCGUGGGCAGCAUGCCCUGCUUUGCAUUCCUGGCUGAGCGCUGGGGCCAGGGCUGCCAGGAAGCCCAGAUCUGCCUAGCAGCCAGCCCCCCAGAGCCCAGGAUAGCAGUGGAGCCGUGUGCCUGGCGUGAUUCCUCACCUGACAGCUGCACGGCUCCAGCUCCGCGGCCUCCACCCCGAGCUGUGGUUGCCUCCUUGGCCGCUUGCACCGUAUCUAAAGAGCCCCUGGGUGUGAUGCGGGAGGGCUGCGUGCCCUGAGUGCCAGCAGCUGGCCUGGCUCCCUCAGGCAGGAAGGGCGCAGGGAUGUCUGAGCAUCCAGCUGCUUUCCCUGGAGCACGUCUUGUCCCAGGGCCAUUUCUGGGGGUUGUGUUACUCAGAGCUGGUCCCCCAUGCUCUUGGGCUCUCUGACCUGGAGGUUCCUGAAGGGACAGAGGGCUGAGCUGUCCUGCUGAGCAGCUCCGUGGGGUGGGGAAUGGCUCCUGACAAGUGUCCUGUGCGCUUGGGGUGGGCAUCCCUCCCAGGUGGGGACCCCUCCCUGCUGUUCCUCCCUGUUUGCUGCCAUCCAACAGAACUGCACCCUGCCCUAGGCUGAUUUCCGAGGCUGGCUGUCCCAUUACUCGGAAAGCAUGGGGCAUUCAUCUCCAGCAGGUGUAGCUCUGUGUUUUCCUACCCCUGCAGAACCAAUCCCAAAGUUACGUAUGGAGCUCUUUAUUAGCUCUGUCCACAAUAAAGUUUUCUACGCCCUUUGCUAA